AUGAGAGGAGACAAGUUUGUGGAGGAGCUCGCCGGACACAUCAAGGAAAGCGAAGUCAGACUGGUUCGGGAGCAUCUGGGGGAGAAGGAGGUGGAGCUCUCUCUGAUUUUCGACCACGUGGACGAGGCCGACCUGAACAACUACACCUGCUACGUGGAGAACAGCAUCGGCCGGAGGGGAGGGAGCGCCCUGCUGCUCAAGAAAGGUCAGAUGCCCUCCCACAUGUACAGACUGGAGCUGGCCGGGGGUCUCGGGGUAAUCCUGUUGGUUCUCGGGGUACUCACGGCGCUCUACAAGUGCUACAACCUGGAGCUGCUCUUGUGCUACAGGAGACACUUCGGCAGCGACGAGACCGAAGACGACAAUAAAGAGUACGACGCUUAUCUGUCCUACACCAAAGUCGACCUGGACAACAUCGGACGUCCGAGCAGCGACGAGGAAACUUUCGCUCUGGAAAUCCUCCCCGAUGUUCUGGAAAAACACUACGGAUACAAACUGUUCAUCCCCGACAGAGACCUCAUCCCCAGCUCCACGUACAUCGAGGACCUGGCCCGGAGCGUGGAACAGUCUCGUCGUCUCCUCUUCGUCCUGACGCCGGAGUUCGUGGCCAAACGCGGCUGGAGCAUUUUCCAGAUCGAGACUCGACUCCACGCGAUGCUCGUCACCGGGAGAUCAAAGGUCGUCAUGAUCGAGUGUCCGGACUUGAAGAACGUGAUGAACUAUCAGGAGGUGGAGGCGCUCAAACACACCAUCAAGGUCCUGACCAUCAUCAAGUGGAGAGGUCCCAAAAGCAACGACCUGUCCUCAAAGUUCUGGAAGCAGCUGGUUUAUGAAAUGCCGUCCAAACGCAGAGAGACUCUGUCCAGACGACAGGUGAUGGACUCGGGGGAGCAGGGUCUGUUCGGGGACCUUCAGACCACGGUGUCCACCAUCGCCAUGACGACGACCUCCGCCUCUCUGGCCCCGCCCAACGACACUCGGCACGCCCACCACCAGGUUGCCUUGGCGACAGAGAUCCCGGACUAUAACCAGAUGACUUUACCUCUGGGGGGCGGUCACGCCACGGCGGCGCAGAUGAGGCAUUUCUGUCGCAGCUACGAGUUCCAGCUGCCCCCGCAGGCCCCGCCCCUGACCCCGCCCCUCGCCCCGCCCACCACCGUGCAGUUCUCCACGCUGGGCCCCGGGGGGCGCCACGUGUACUGCAACAUCCCCAUGACUCUGCUGAACGGACAGGUGCCCAAGAGCAAUACACUUGGCAAGAAACCCGACGUCCACAUGAGCAGCACGUUUAUCCCCCUCACCAACAGAGAACUAAGCUCUGACAUCUGGUAG